CAAAUAGCAUUCCCUGCCAUCCACCACAUCCAGAAUUAGAGCUGUGUCAGCUAAGUGUGGCAUAAGGAUAGGGGAACACAGGCCGUGAAGGAGCUAGUGAAAGGGCAGGAGUAGAGAGUAGAGUAUCAGCAGGGAGCUUGGAUAGCCCGAAAGAAAGUAGAUUAUUAAGGGACAAGAGUUCAGGAGGUCAAAGCAUAGGUAUAGCAAACUGGCUGAUGGCAAAAGAGAGCUGGAAAGAAAGAAAAUUGUAGCAUUAAAAAAAUGAUGUUGGCAUUUAAUAUUUCAGAGUUUUCAAUCCCAGGGAUUAAAAGAGUUCCGGGUAUGGCUGAGUGGACGUCACUAGAAUUUGGGAGACACAGGAGUCCCCUGUGUUCAGAGGGCUGUCCCUGUCAGUGAUGGGACCUCCCAGGAUGGUAUUGGGUGGUAGAGGGGAUGUCCGUGAACCAGAGGCCAAUCCCUGGAAAAGGCUGUAGACAGACUCAGAAGGAUGGGAGGGGAGAUGGUGGCGGGGGGGACAGCAGAGGUUUCAGUGGCAGAGGGUGGAGAGGAACUGGCUGCAGUGCAGACACAGACAGAUUCCAGUCCUGAGAUUCAGGACGGGGGAGAGAGAAACAUGGAAAGCCGUCUAUCAGGGCACAAAGGAGCUGUGAGUCUAUAACAAGGACCAAAGGAGGAGGGUGAAUAACUGGGGAGUUCAAGGAAGGGGAAAGGAAGCAAAAGGAAAGGCUGAAAGAGAGAGAGAGAAAGUGCAGGCGGCAAGAGCUACUCUAUUGUUUGGUGGUGUUGUGGACAACCACAGGACAGAUUUGGGCAACCUCAGAGUGCCAGCAGGUGCCACUCAGAGUCCCAGGUGGGUUCAACAGAGCUGUUCUGCUGACCUCUCUAGGGGUGGUCUCAGAGCACACAGAGCAGGAAAGCAGGGAGGAGAGAUGCCCUCUGUGGAUGACACCCUGACAUGCUGUUGUUCCCCUACAGGUCUGCAGACUAAAGCCAGAACCGUAGCCGGGGAAUCAGUCCAAAACACUGAGGAGAAGUAUGAGAACAUCGGGAUUACAAGACGACAAACAGAGUCCAAGCUGGACCCCAAGGGUGAAGCCCGGGAUGAAGGUGGCAUCCUCUAUGCCUCCCUCACCCUCUCCAGCUCCUCGUCACCCGCAGCCCCUCCCUGGACCCCUCCCACAGAGAGCCCCCAGGAGACCCUGUACUCUAUCAUAAAGGCCCAGUAGUGGGACUGAAUGGGGACUCCUUGAGACUAAGCUGCACAGAGGGUCACAGCUUCUGGUAAUAACCCGAGACGGAUACAGACAACUCAGAAGCCAGCGGGUGUGGAAGGCCACCCAGGACCAGAGAGAAACACAGCCAUCUGCUUCCAUUCCCUCUUCAACUUCCCAGCCUUUGCCCACAAAAGUAAACGUACCAGUAGAAUUGGCCUGAAGUCACCUAAGGAGAAACUGA